AUGAACCGAUAUGGCGUAGGCGGCACCUCUAUAAAAUUGAAAAGACCGAAGAAGCCGAACAAUAAAACUACGGUCGUUGCGAUCUUGACAACCCGGACUAACGAUCUGGAAAAAUAUUCCGGAUUUUUGAGUCUAGAUCCCGGUGUUGGAUGUGGUAAACUAUGUAGUUGCAAGUCCAAAAACGCCGGUUCGGAAGUCGGAACUAAAUCACGUCGUGAAAUCUGCAAGAUUUACACAAACGGCGUGUUCCUAAAGGUCAAUUCAACACAGGCCAGAGAGACUUGUGUGACGCUACGAAAAAUGUCUACUCGACGAUCGAAUGUAUGA